UGUGAUUAUGGCUGCUUCUUGCACUGCACACAAUUGCUGUAUUGAGAGUUAUUGAUUAAUAAUAUCACUCUAUAAGUUUUUGAACAACUUAUAUAAGCCAUCCUCAAAUAUCUUAAUCCCAAUAACAGUAAAAUGAAUUUGGUGCAAGCCAGUGUAAAGUUGGUGUAUCUAGAGUGACUGGCUUUCUUUACUUAGUGGUGGAUAGAAAUUGACUUUAUUGUGGAGUGCUGAAAAUCUGGAGAGUCAAGCCAGUGUAAGGUUAGUGUAUCCUGCCUAUCAAAUCAAGGGCUGGAAUUUUAUACCUAGUGUUGCAAAGAAAACAGUGACUAAUUUGUGAAGUUAUUGACAGUGAAUUUGAAUUAGUCCACCAGAACAGUGUGUGAGAUUAUGAAUGGCUGUGAGGGAAUGAAAGUGAAGAGUCCAGUCAUUUAGUGCAAGUCUGUCUGGAACUACUGGUGGAACAAUGCCAGUGGGAGGAUUUUCUCGGCCAGUGGUGGUCAGGGAGAGCUCUGCCCGCCACUGUUUUCUCUCCCUGCCCCGCUCCUUGGCUGUCCUGGUCACGCCUGUACAAACCCCAACCUUCAGUCUUGUGGAUGCAGAGAAGAACAGGCUGCUGUUGUCCUGGGCUGGGGAGGUGCACAGUCAUGGCCACUCAAUCAGUGAUGCGGGGAUAUGUGAGGAGGUGUAUGUGAGCAGGGAGUUGCUGAGGGAGAACGGCAUGAGUGAUGGGGCCUCCGGGGUGUUGGUGCAGGUUGCCGUGCCGCCGCAGUGCUCCAGUGUGAGUGUGAAGGUUGGCUCCCUGGACCAGUGGGAAAUUCUGGCGCUGAAUGCUGAACUGGCACAGGUAGCGUUUCUGAGCCAGGUGCGUGUAAUGGGCCUGGGGCAGCGUGUUCCCCUGUGGCUGGAGGGUGGUGCUUGUGUCACCCUCCAGGUCAUUGGUCUAGAGCCUCCUGUGUCCCAGCUCACCCUCCACCCCAUGAGCCAGGUGGAGGUGCUGCCGCCCUCUGAGGGUGACUACUCCCCGACCCACACGGCCAUUAACUUUGUCCCAUCUGAGAUGCCUUCAGCGGAAAAUGCACUAGAGGAAGAAUUUCAUAAGGGAGAAACUAAUGAGGAAAGUAAGGUGGAGGAGCAUUCAAGGGAUGUACUAACACUAAUCCUGGAGUUCAUGAUGGGGAAGCUGAGGGACAGAAGGGCCACUCAGAAUGAUUUCCCCAUCAGGGAGGAUGUUCGUCUGGGUGCACGAGUGGUGGGGUUGCCGGAUGAGCUGAUAGACUCAUUAGGAAGCCUCACGCACCAUCCAUCUUUGGUGAUAAUAAGUCAACACAGUGUCUCCGGGACUGUGUAUGGUGACACAGUGAGUUUUAUUGCUGGCAUUCGUGUCAUCAAGUCCCCUAAGGAUCUUGCAGAAGGCCAGAGCAAAGAAGAGAAGAAGCCUAAUAAUGAAAAGAAGCAGGAGAAGCCCUCAAGAGAAUCCUCAGAUAAUUUUGUGUGUACAGUUGUUGUUUGGGAGAAUUACCUUGCUGAAAAAAGCUUACAUGGGCCACACUUCAAGGAAAUAAGUGAUGCUGUGAAAGACGGCAAUUGCAUCAUCCCAAAUGUAUGGAGACGAUUCAUGAAGCUGAGUGAUUUCAGUGUUGUUGAGAUACAGACUUCAGAAGUCACCACUAAGACUUCUCCAGUGUGUGUUGACGUGCUGGCCAUCACCAGCAACAGCGAUGCGUCACGCUCACCAACACUCCUGCACAAGAUCAAGACAGUGCUGAAAGACCUAACUGAUGAAUGUCCUGUUGUCAUCAAUGAGAAUGUGCUGCUGGAAGUUGAAACGGAUGACGGCAGAAUUGACGUGCUGUUGAGAACAAGAGAUAGCGUACCUCUUAAGCUCUCCAGGGAGUCUGUCGUGCUGCUUGAUGUCACCCCACUGAAGCAGCACCCAGACAUCCCUCACAUCCUGGCCUCAACACAUGAAUUGAGACCCUGUUUCCACGCCAGGCAUCCUUACGUUGGGGACCAAGAAGUCUUGGUGAAACUUAGGGAGCACAUCCUCUUUUCCCUGAGCAACUGGUCAAGUAUUGGGCCUCAGUUUGCUCUUCUUCAGGGCAGCAAAGGCUCAGGGAAAACAAGUCUCCUGGAAUCCCUCAUAGUGAGUCUUUCCCGGCAUCCUCACCACGUCCACUGCAGCAUGACCAGCCUCAAGGUGCUCAGGGGGAAGAAAGCUGAGACUAUAGAGAAGAAGCUGCAGUUGGUGUUCAGAGAAGCCAUCUUCCGGAGACCAGCUGUUGUGUUCCUUGACGACCUCGACAGCCUGGUGCCAUCUACCUCUGAGGACCAGCAGGACUCUGGGCCCCUCCAUAGCCACUCUAUGCAAUUGGUCACAGUGCUCAAGCUCCUCCUGAACCAGCUGAUGGAGUUCCUGGGUGGGUCUUCGCAUGAUGAGAAUGGAGUGAGUGGCAGUGUUUUGGUCGUAGCCUCGUGCUUGAACAGGUCAGGUGUCCAUCCACUAGUGGUGAGCCCUCAAGGGUGCCACUACUUCCCCUGCACCCUCAGCAUCCCUCCCCUUGGUCCUGACGGCAGAGUUGCAGCCUUCAGUGCCAUGCUUGCCUCCCAUCUUGCCAGGCAUUUUGGGCAUGAGCCACCACACACAGGCACACAAGGCACUGAUGGACCAACACAAGGCCACAGUGACAUCUCGAAGUGCCUGGCAUUUCAAAACAAGUUACUCGCCAAACGAACAGAAAAUUUUACUCUUCCUGACCUGAGCCACGUGGCGCUGCGGACAUAUCUGAGUGUAUGUGACAGGUGGAGGCUUGGUGCAAGAGAGGUGGCUGACCGAGGCUUCCAAGUGGCCCCAGCAGGUAGUGGUGAGAGAGAAUGGCCAGGCCAGACUACAUCCAGGAGGGAGGAAGGACAGGUGCUGGAUGGUGACCUGGAAGCAGCACUGGAAGGAUACACACCACUGGCACUGAGAGUUUACUCCUUGACAGGCCUGAGUCUGUCUGAGAAAAGCAGUAGGGCAGGAAGGCUGGGAGUGGGGGGGCUGGCAGAGGCCCGGACUGUGCUGGAGGAGACCUUGACCUGGCCUGCCGCCCACCCGAUCCUCUUCAGCAAAGUAAAGCUGCGCCUGAGGUCUGGGGUGCUGCUGUAUGGCCCUCCAGGCUCUGGCAAGACGCUGCUGGCUCACUCCAUUGCUGCCGAGUGUCACCUUAACUUCAUUACUGUCAAGGGACCAGAGCUGCUUUCCAAGUAUAUUGGAGCAAGUGAGGAAGCUGUCAGGGAUGCCUUUGAGAGGGCCGCCAGUGCCAAGCCUUGCAUCCUCUUCUUUGACGAGUUUGAGUCCAUCGCACCAAGACGAGGCCACGACAGCACUGGGGUGACAGACCGGGUGGUGAACCAGCUCCUCACACAGAUGGAUGGGGUGGAGGGCCUGUCAGGGGUGUAUGUGCUGGCGGCCACCUCCAGACCUGACCUCAUUGACCCAGCACUGCUUAGGCCAGGACGCCUGGACAAGUGUGUGUUCUGUCCCAUACCAACACACAGUGACAGGGUGGAGAUCCUGCAGGUCCUGAGCCAAGACAUGGAGCUUGGGGAGGAGGUUGCCUGGUGUGAGAUAGCCGACCUCACAGACAGCUUCACCGGGGCCGAUCUGCAGGGCCUCCUCUCCUCCGCCCAGGUGCUGGUGGGUCAAGAGGCCCUGGGGGACAGUCUGUACGAGGGUAUCAUCCCCAGUGAGCCGAGGCAGGAUGCACAGGAGUCGGGUGCUGAAGGAGACUCAGACCUUGGAGAGGAGAAUGAGUUAAUGGAAGCAGAGAGGGACUAUUGCAUGCAAGCUGAAGGGGAACUUUCAGCUGCUGACUCCUACAACAGCAUCAAGGAGGUGGUGUUUGAAGGGAAGGGAGAGAAAGUGGUGUAUAAGGAGCGGGGGGGCUCUGCCUCACCAAAGAAUGCCAGGGAAGAGUGGACAGUUUCCAGGGAGGCCAAAGGGAACUCACCUCCCUCCAGAACAGUCAGGAAGCCACAGCCCUCAUCUCCAGACCCUGAGAACCCAGACUUCAGGGUUUAUCAGAGACACAUUCUUGCCGCACUUAGGGAGGUGAGGCCCUCAGUCACCCCAGCCGAGAGACAGAAAUAUGAACAGCUGUACAGGAGCUUCAAUAAAUCUAGAGAGGGAAAUUUUGGCCAGCCAUCACCAGGGAAGAGAGCAACACUGGCGUGAUGUGAGAGUGUCUGCAGAUUGAGAACUCCCUGCUGGAUGCUGGUGUGGGGUUCACUUGCCUCAGGACUUGUGCAAUGUGUAUUAUAAACUUGGAUUCUUAAUAUGCCAAAAUCACAAAGACAAUAGGAGAGAUAAUUUUAUAGAAUAUAUAAUCAUAUAUAUCUUCGUGUUACUUUUUGAGGGUCACAAAGAUUUUAUAUUUAAGACAUUAUUAACUCGGUGCUGUCAUCUGUUUUUGUACGUGUUAGGUGUUAAGAUGAGUGGUUUUCUCUGUUGUUAUUGAAUCGUUUACAAAACUUUAACAUGUGCUCAAAACUGUUGUUCCUGCAUUAUUGUUAAGAGGUGUGUUAUGUGUUCUCUUACACCUGUAGUGAGGGAAGACCUGGUGUCUCAUCCUGGCUACUCUGUGUAAGGGUUGGGUCAGUCUGAUAUGUAUAUGAAUAUGUCUUGCUGUCUUCACUUUUUCAUUUUCUGCACUGGCUUUCUGCUUUCCCUCAAGCCUUAGCACAUUAAUUAUUUUCACUAAUUUCUAAAGCAGCUUCCUCAGUAAUAGCGAAUUGGUCGGUGGUAGUGGGAUGUGAAUGUUUAAAUAAACAAAUCAUGAAA